AUGGCUUUCUGUUUUGGAUCAUCACUCUCAACUCCAAACGGCCCUCUCUCAACUUCUCAGCUCCUCAGCUUCAACAACCGAGACACUCUCCACUUUGCCAAAGUCAAGAUGAAGUUCUUCACCGGUCUCACUCUCCUGGCCUCCCUUGUGAGCGCUUCUCCCAUCGAGCUCGCCCAGAGGGACACUGCGACUCCGCUCCAAGCCAACAUCACCAAGAACGGCAACACAGCAGUCAAGAUCGCCUUGAAGAACAUUGGCAAGACCGAUCUCAAGCUCUUCACUCCGGGUACCGUUUUGGACACGGCCGCCGUUGAGAAAGUCGCCGUCUUCAAUGGAGACGACCGCCUCCCCUUCGACGGCGUCCGCCUGCGCAUGGCACCUCAAAACCUCCUCACCGACGCCUCCUUCCGAACAAUCAAGGCCGGCGAGACAAUCGAAUCCGCAGUCGACUUUGCCGAGCUGCACGACCUGGGCGCGGCCGACGCCUUCAAAGUGAGAGUCAACGGCGGCAUCCCCUACGCCGAGGCCGGCUCAACCACCAUUGCCGGCGUCUUCAACAUCGACAGCAACACGCUCAACAUCAACAACGUCAACGUCACAAAGGCCGCCCUCGUCCGCACCUCGUACAAGCAGAUGAUCAAGCGCACCAUUGUCCAGUCCGACUGCAAGGGCACCCAGAACACCACCGUCACCAACGCCCUCGCCAACUGCUCCAGGCUCGCCCGCGCCGCCGCCGACUACGUGUCCAAGGACGACAAGCGCUUGAACGAGUACUUCAAGUCGACGACCGCCGCCAGCAAGAAGAUUGUCGUCGACACCUUCAACAAGGUCGCUUCCGAAUGCGGUAGCCGCAACAAGGGCGUCUCCAAGCAGUACUGCAGCGACGUCUACAAGUCUUGCUCGCCUGGUGUCUUGGCUUACACCGUCCCGGCUUACAAGUACAUGGUUAACUGCCCCUUGUACUUCACCGCGCUUCCUCUGCUCACCACUGGUUGCCACAACCAGGACCAGUCGACCACCACUCUUCACGAGAUGACCCACUUGCUCGAGGUCAAGGGAACACUGGAUUAUGGCAUCUACGGCUACACUGCCUUGAAGACUCUCACGAGCGCUCAGAACCUCAACCACGCUGACACCUAUGCGGUCUAUGCCAAUGCUGUCAACCAGGGCAAGACUUGCUAG